UCAAAUCCGUGCCAUGACGUCGUCGACCGUAAUCUCGCGCUUCCUGUCGUUAGCUCUUGGGGAGCCACUGCCGUCGCCAUUUCUCGGCCCUUUGAUCAACUCACUCGUGUUCAGUCCUACGCGUGUUCCGAAGCUGUACGUCUUGAGAGAGCAUUCCGCCCAAGAUUACGACGACGAUGCUCGGGCCGUCGACACCGCCCAUGACCCUGUCGUUGGCAUUGGUUUCUCGUUUAUCUCUGACAACCAACACGAACGCUUCGGGCUGCAUUUUUGGCUGCGCUCCACCAUUGCACCAUCCACCGCAACCCAAAGCUUGAGCUUGUUUUUAAGGCAUGCUACUGCGGGCAUGGAUCCACACAUGGUUGGCCUUCGCGCAGUCGAGCACAACCAUUACGUGGCCAUUCAAGACAUUGUCAACCGAGUCCUAUGGAAAGAUACGAACGGAUGCGGGCUGUAUCUCCUUGAUGCUGCUACGCCCGUGACAUCCGUGGCACUUGGGGCUACGUGGCAAGUCGAUGGGGACACAUUUGAGAUGGACUCUGCCCUUCCCAGCGAUGCCCCGGCGAUCUUAAGCCUGUCCAGCAUCGAGUAUGACGAAGAUUACAUUUACUCGCUGUUGAAGCACCCCGUCUUCAGCAAAUUCCUGCGAGUCGUCCGCGUUGCCGCGACCAAGCAGCCCGUGUCAUGGGCACUGGUGCACAACGACUUCUCCCUUGGGCUAGUGGGGACCGACCCAGCAUAUCGCCGCAAAGGCCUUGUCCGCUUGGCCUUUGGCUCUACCAUUGAAGCAUAUCGUGACGCCAUUCGUGUGGCGGACGUCGACUGGUUUGGCUUGCACCAGUACUGCUUUGUCUUUUCAGACAACGUUGCGAGCCAACAAUUGAUGGCAUCCAUGGGAUUCCACCAAGUCCACGAUAAGAUAUUUCAUUGGAUGGGAGUGCUGGUGUAGGUAGGUACAUGUAGUUGUGGAAUCACGUUAUUGCCGUCGUGGUAUCAAUAUCACUUGAGUUACAAAAG